AUGAAGCGGCGCAAUGCGGACUGCAGCAAACUCCGACGGCCGUUAAAACGUAACCGAAUCACCGAGGGGAUAUACGGCAGUACAUUCCUCUAUCUGAAGUUCCUGGUGGUGUGGGCACUGGUGCUACUUGCAGACUUCGUGCUGGAGUUCAGGUUUGAGUACCUCUGGCCGUUCUGGCUCUUCAUCCGGAGUGUGUAUGACUCCUUUCGUUACCAGGGGCUGGCCUUCUCAGUAUUUUUUGUGUGUGUGGCGUUUACCUCGGACAUCAUUUGCCUCCUCUUCAUCCCAGUGCAAUGGCUUUUCUUCGCUGCCAGUACUUACGUGUGGGUGCAGUAUGUGUGGCACACAGAAAGAGGUGUUUGUCUGCCCACAGUGUCUCUGUGGAUACUGUUUGUGUACAUAGAGGCAGCCAUCAGAUUUAAAGACCUAAAAAACUUCCAUGUGGACUUGUGUCGUCCUUUUGCUGCACACUGCAUUGGGUACCCAGUGGUCACGCUGGGCUUUGGCUUCAAAAGCUACGUGAGCUAUAAAAUGCGCCUCAGAAAGCAGAAAGAGGUGCAGAAGGAGAAUGAGUUCUACAUGCAGCUCUUGCAGCAGGCUCUCCCUCCGGAGCAGCAGAUGCUUCAGAGACAAGAACGAGAGGCAGAGGAAGCAGCAGCUAAAGGAAUAUCUGAGGUGGACACAAUUCCAGUGUCGCAGAAUGGCGCCCCUGCCGGGAAAAAGGUGUCCUCUCCGCUGCCCGAGCUGGAAUAUAGAGAAAAAGGGAAAGAGAGCAGGGGCGGAGGAGAGACUAAAAAGCAACACAACAGCAUCCUGCCGUCAUCAGUGGACUCUAAACUCCAGGAGAUGGAGUAUAUGGAGAAUCAUCUGAACAACAAGAGACUGACCACAGAGCUGGGCAGCACGGAGAACCUGCUGCUCAAAGAGGACAACUCCUCCUCCUGCUCCUCUUCUUCCUCUUCCUCCUCCUCCUCCAAAAACUUCAAAAACGCAAGCAGCAAUGCCGCAGCGCUCAACUCCUCACCCCGCAGCCACAGCGCCACCAACGGCAGCGUGCCGUCCUCUGCGCCGCCACCCUCGUCCAUUUCAUCAUCGGGGAAGAACGAGAAGAAGUACAAGCUAGCAGUGGGGAAGGGGACGUCGGGCAGCUCCCACAGGGAUCCCACCGAUAACUGCAUCCCCAACAACCAGCUCAGCAAACCAGAGGCACUUGUUAGAUUGGAGCAGGACAUAAAGAAGCUGAAGGCGGACCUGCAGGCCAGUCGACAGGUGGAGCAGGACCUGCGCGGGCAGAUCGGCUCACUGGGUAGCGCCGAGCGCUCCAUCCGCACUGAGCUGGGCCAGCUUCGGCAGGAGAAUGAGCUGCUGCAGAACAAGCUUCAUAACGCCGUUCAGGCAAAGCAAAAGGACAAACAGGCUCUGGGCCAACUGGAGAAGCGGCUCAAGGCAGAGCAGGAGGCUCGAGCCACCGCAGAGAAACAGCUCGCAGAAGAAAAGAAGCGCAAGAAGCUGGAGGAGGCGAUGGCAGCCAGAGCCGUCGCGCUAGCAGCAGCGUCCCGAGGGGAGUGCACAGACACGCUGCGGCGGAGGAUCACUGAAUUAGAGACAGAGUGCAAGAAACUAAAUAUGGACAUAAAGUUAAAGGAAGAUCAGAUCCGAGAGCUUGAAUUAAAAGUGCAGGAGCUUCAUAAAUAUAAGGAGAAUGAAAAAGACACGGAAGUGCUGAUGUCAGCUCUGUCAGCCAUGCAGGACAAGACCCAACAUCUGGAGAACAGCCUGAGCGCAGAGACCAGGAUCAAACUGGACCUGUUCUCUGCGCUCGGAGACGCCAAAAGACAGCUGGAGAUAGCUCAAGGUCAGAUUCUGCAGAAGGAUCAGGAGAUCAAAGAUCUGAAGCAGAAGAUCGCUGAAGUGAUGGCCGUCAUGCCCAGCAUCUCCUACACAGCCGACACCAGCAGCAUGACCCCCGUGACCCCGCACUACUCCUCCAAGUUUAUGGACACCAGCCCCUCCGGCCUGGACCCCAACGCCUCUGUUUACCAGCCGCUCAAAAAGUGAACACUUGGCCCCCUCCCUCCCUCCAUCGCCAUUUUCUUUUCCGGUCUGGCAGGCUCACCACCUUCUGAUCUGCUUGCCACGUCUGCGGCUAAGAACAUUAUUUUUUUUUUUCUCUCUCUCUCUCUCUCUCUCUGGCUUUUUGUUUUCUCCUCGCCAGCUCAGAAGGAUGUUGUAUUGUGUGACUGUAAUUUGUUGUAGUUAAAAACAAAGCAAACAAAAAAAAAC